CCCACUCGAUCGUCUAGUGUCGCCCACACUUGUUACGUAGUCUGUUUUCAUCGAGCGGCCUUGGUGGAGAAAACCCGUGCACGGUGCACCAAUGGCUUGUAGAUUGUGAAUUCAUCUUGGUCGGAUCUGCCGAAUUUUGAGGCUGAACAUCUCUACCAAGGAUAUAUGUCGCGUUUCCGUUGGUGAAUAUUGCACUUGGGCGAGCAGAUCUUGAUCGACAUGAACGUUAGCAUCGCAGACAUUUGCCAGAACACGCGAAUGGGACGAGAAUGCGCUCUCUUGGGCAACUACGAGUCGGCAAUCGUGUACUACCAAGGCGUCAUACAGCAGAUACACCGACUUGUGCAGACCAUAACUGGGGAUCCCAUGCGCAAGGAGCGCUGGCAGCAGAUACAACAAGAGCUGGCCCAGGAAUACGAGUACAUCAAAGACAUACAGGUGGUGCUUAGUGGAUUCCGCUCGGAGAGCCACCUGGAGCGCAUUCCCACAAGUCGGAUCAACUAUGAGGAUGAUGCGGCCCUUGAUCCAGAGGCCUGGUUUACUCCACGAGACCCUGAAGUCUGGCCAGCGCCCAACCCAGUGGAGCACAAGCCAGGCCCGUCUGUUCGCCAGGUGAGUCGUGGUCGGAGAACAGAGGCGUCACGGACAACUAGCAACCGGAGCUCGUCGAGUGGCAAGGGCAGUGGAGGCAGUACCAUCAAGCGAGGCACCGAUACGAAAGUGUCUCGGAAAGAGGACAGCAAGCCUCGUAGCAAAGACAAGGAUGCCAAGAAGGAUGAACCUGUGGGCAAGGACCCUGAGCAGCAGCAGGAAAAGAAGUUUGACUGCGCGGGCUAUGACCAUGAGCUGGUGGAACUGCUGGAGCGGGACAUUCUGCAGCGGAACCCCAACGUGCGCUGGGACGACAUUGCUGAUCUGCACGAGGCCAAGAAGCUGCUCGAGGAGGCUGUUGUGCUGCCCAUGUGGAUGCCCGACUUCUUCAAGGGCAUCCGCCGGCCCUGGAAGGGUGUGCUGAUGGUGGGGCCACCAGGCACUGGCAAGACCAUGCUGGCCAAGGCAGUGGCCACAGAGUGCAGCACGACCUUCUUCAAUGUCUCCUCGUCAACGCUCACGUCCAAGUACCGUGGUGAAAGUGAGAAGCUGGUACGCCUGCUCUUCGAGAUGGCCCGGUUCCAUGCCCCGAGCACCAUCUUCGUUGAUGAAAUUGAUUCCCUGUGUUCACGAAGAGGCUCCGACUCUGAGCACGAGGCCAGCCGGCGUGUAAAAUCGGAGCUGCUUAUCCAGAUGGAUGGCAUCACGAACAAUGAGGACCCGGCCAAGGUGGUGAUGGUGUUGGCGGCCACCAACUUUCCCUGGGACAUUGACGAGGCACUGCGUAGGAGGCUCGAGAAGCGCAUCUACAUUCCCCUGCCCAACAGUUGUGUUCCGUGUGUUUCCCGAGGUGCUGGGAGAGAGGCACUGCUGAGGAUCAACCUCAAGGACGUCGAGGUCUGCCCUGGGCUGGACAUCAACGUCAUUGCGGAGCGGCUCGAAGGCUAUUCUGGUGCCGACAUUACAAACGUCUGCAGGGAUGCAUCAAUGAUGGCAAUGCGACGAAGAAUACAUGGUCUCACACCGGAGGAGAUUCGCAACCUCGCCAAGGAAGAGCUCGAACUUCCAGUUAGCCGAGAAGACUUCGAGGAAGCCAUACACAAGAUCAACAAAUCUGUCAGCCGAGAGGAUCUGGAGAAGUACGAGAAGUGGAUGUCCGAAUUUGGUUCGACGUAAUUGCCUGCUGACAGCAAUUAAAGCCCUUGUUUGAGAUUGUGUUAAGUUUGGACACACACUAAGCUUGGCAACCUCUCCACUCAAGUGAUCCCCAGUGUGGUUCUCACCCAAGCCUACUUGAGGUCAGGUGUGCCUAUUGUCUUCGUCAAGCAUUUUGUGGAUACAGUGAAACCUUGUUAACAUGUAGUUGGUGGGGAACGUGGAUCAGGUGUGCGCCAAGUGAUGUACUAAUUAACCGACAAUGGCAGAUUGGCAGCUAUGAAGUUAUCAGCAAAAAAGAAAGAAAAAAAAAUUUGUCUUGAUUCUCACUCAAACACGCACGCAGGUAAGUUUUAUUUGCAAGAAGGCAGCAAUAAAUCUGUGGUUUUCACUUGCCGCCAUGGUGGCCUUCCAACAACAACAGCAUCCUCAAACUCAGCAAGGCCGCAAACCAGUUUCUCCAUCAGGCCUCACUUCUCUGCGAACGGGCUCAUGGCGUGAACGCACACGCCGCGUCGGGUACUGAAGGACCGACGUCCACGACAAUGACGUGGCAACGUCUGGGAGCAGCAAAUACGUCAUGGCUGCUAUGUUUUGACGUCACUAUCGGUGGCGAAUGCAGUCCGGGAAAGGUCCAUGUGCCACAAUUUCGCUGUCUACGUGUCUACAAUUUCUACGUGCACAACAUUUCGCCAAUUCCGCACUUGUACGCGCCGAAAAAUUAAGCAAACACAUUUCACUAACCAUUUGGCAUGCGGUAAGCGACUACGGCGUAAGCGGUCAUCCAAUACAUUUGAUUCAAUGGUGACAGGGUGGGGAUUCAUCGAGACUAUAUUUCAAGCAAAAUUACUUAUUAAGUGGGUAUGUAAUAAUGAGGUUUUACUGUACUGUGAAAUGCACUGUUUGCUGAAGCAUCUUAUCGUUUGUUCUUUCAUGACCUGUUAGACUAGGAGUGUUGUGAAACUUGGUGCAGCAAUGCCAAUGCACUUACCAUACAAUGCACUUACUGCACCUUAACCACUUAACAUCGUUAAAGCACAUAUGCAAGGUACUAUCGCACUCCAUAUGAGCCACAACGCGUGAGCAUUUUGCCACACGCUUUCGCGUUGUAGCUCAUACGGAGUGCGAUAGCACCAGACUUCUUUGUUCAGUAAGACCAAAAGCAGAGCACUGGCAGAGUCUUCUCCUUCAAAAUGAAUUUCCGCUGCUUCUGUAAUCUCCUAUGUGCAUUUGUCCUAGUUAUGGCAAAUAAUGGUGCAAUAAUCAAAAAACAGCGAGGACCCGCAAUUAUGCACUUUCCACAAUGCAGUGACAGGUUGCUGUGGGCUCCCUUGUCGACUAGAUCGUCAUGCUUUUAGACAAUCGUUUAGGCAUCUGCCUAUCUAACCUAAGUAGUUUCUGCCCUAUAAGAGUUAAAUGUGGUAAAUCAUGCCGCGUGCAUAAUGAUCGUACUGUUUGCGAUGAUUGGUGGUGCAAGCUGCAGAGCCUUUUUUUGGUGGGAUAUGUAAGUUUUCUUACAUAGCUGUGCUAGCUUCAUGAAGGCAGUCAUAGCAAAGGACUGAAAAGGCCACGGCAGAAAGUGGCAGUGAUUCCUUAUAUCUAUGGUAUAUUGCACAGGGCAACCAUUCAACGAAUGUUGCAGUUGUCAUGACUGCCCCCGUGAAUCACCCAUGUAGAAAAACUUGCCUACCAAAAAAAGGCACCAAUCACCACAAACGGUGCAUUCAAUGCACACGCAGCAUGGUUUUACCAGAUCCUACUCUCAUGGUGCAGAAACUACUUAGGUUAGAUGGGUAGACGCUUAAAAGACUGCCUAAGAGAGCAUCAUGAUCUUAGUCUACAAGGGAGCCGACAGCAACCUAUCACUUCAUUGUGGUUUGAUUAUUGCACCAUUAUUUGACGUAACUGAGACAAGUGCACAUAGGAGAUCAUAGAAGCAGCGGCAUUCUGAAGGGGAAAAUGGCACUAGUCUGUCCUUACCGAACACACGUCGCUGGUACCUUCCACAUGCACCUUAACCACAUUGACGACAAUCUGUUGUCUGCUUAUAACUUGUUGUUUUCUUUUUUUUCAGUAAAUAUUCUGUUAACCUUUCAAUAUGUAUGUGCCAGUUGGAACUAGUGCCCUAUUUCUUUGCCUCUGGCCUGUUCCCUUUGCAAGUUUACUUUCAUUCGGUAGAUUGGCACUUGCAAAGUACGCCUAACUUGAUAAACCUCCAUGCAGUUGUAGGCUUGGGUGCUAGCAAAUAUAAUGCGUAAAAAUUUGUGUAAACAAACAUUUUGCUCAUGUUAAGGCUUAAACUAUGCAUUCAGUGGUUUAUUUAAGUGUGGUGUUUUUGCCUACAAUAUUUCUAAAAGCAAAUUGGUGAAAUUGUUCUGGUGAAGACUGUAUCUGUCCAACAAAAAGUGUCUUGGACCAAAUGUGCAAGAAAAGCAGUAAGUGAAAGCUGGCUGCAAAGAGCUGAAAUUGUAGAAGCUUGUCACAAGAAUAAGCAGCUGUCACAUUCACUGCAUUUUUGAGAAGCUGUUUCUGAAUAAACAUCAACCAACCAAA